AUGGGCAUUUUAUAUACUCACGUAGUUCUUGCUUAUUUUAUACAGAUCACAUUUAAGCAGAUUUUGGCAGCUGAUCCCGAUCACUGUCCAGGUCAACGAAUCAAGUGUUAUAGUUGCAGUUCUGUGCAAGACAGCCAUUGUAAUGAUCCAUUCCCCAAGCAACCAACACAGGCAAAAUCAUUUCCAUUGGUUGACUGUAAUGAUUAUUGCUUUAAAUGGGCCUUUCAAAGUCCAGAUGGGCAAAAACAUCUAAUACGUAAUUGUUCAACAAAUUUAAAUAUUAAAAUGGAAAAGUAUUUAGUGUGUAUUGCUGAAUCAAGAUCAUCAGUCGGGUAUCUUUGUUUCUGUAAUAAAGAUGGAUGUAAUUCAAGUAGUCGAAUAAAACACUCCUAUUAUUAUGUAACUUAUAUAAUGCUUACACUUCUUAUUAAUUCAGUAUAUCAAUUCAAGCAUGUAUUAUUACUAUGUUAA